CACACACACACACACGCAGAGUAUAAAACCCUGCUCCAAGGCUCCUGACCUCGCAUCAUUUCCAACAUCCUGAAGACAUCCGAAAACUCAAAGACGUCCAUCAUCGGAUUUCACAGUAGAGAAAGAGAAAGUUCAGUGUGCGGUUCUUUCCUCUUCUUUCUAACCAAGAUGGUGAAGUGGAUGGUUGUGCUGCUGGUGUUAGCUCCUGGAAGCCUCUCGCUCAGUGGACGAGAACCAGACUUUUUCAGUCCAUGGAGCUGCAAAGAGCUGAUGAACAGAUAUAAACUCACUGAUGACGGUCUUUAUUUCCUGAGCACGCCGAGCGGUGUGGUGUAUCAGACCUACUGUGACAUGACCACUGCAGGAGGAGGAUGGACUCUGGUGGCCAGUGUUCACGAGAACAACAUGUACGGGAAAUGCACCACCGGAGAUCGCUGGUCCAGUCAGCAGGGUGGAAAUUCGAACUCACCUGAUGGAGACGGAUCGUGGAGUAACACCGUGACAUUCGGCACUGCAGAAGCUGCAACCAGCGAUGACUUUAAGAAUCCUGGGUAUUAUGACAUCACAGCGGAGGACGUGGCAGUGUGGCACGUUCCUAAUAAUGAGCGAGUGGAUCGCUGGAAACAAACCUCCUUCCUGCGCUACCACACAGAGACCAAAUUCCUCAGCAGCUAUGGAGGAAACCUCUACAGUCUCUUCAAGCAAUUCCCAGUGAAGUACAACGCAGGAAGUUGUCCUGCUAACCACGGCCCCACUGUUCCUGUAGCCUACGAUGUUGGAGACGCCACGUCUAACCACAACCAGUUCGGACCCCAUGUCAGAGCGAACUCUGUCCCAGGAUUCAUCACAUUCCGAGCCAUAAACAAUGAAAGAGCGGCCAUGGCGAUCUGCUUGGGAAUCAAACCCACAAGCUGUCACACCGAACACAGCUGUAUCGGAGGAUGUGGCUAUUUUCCUGAAGCAUCUCCGAGGCAGUGUGGUGAUUUCACCAGUUUGGACUGGGACGGUUACGGUACUCACGCCGGCUGGAGCGCCAGUAAACAGAUCACAGAGGCAGCGGUGCUCAUCUUCUACCGCUGAGACCCUGAACAUACACCAGAUCUUCAGGAAUUUGUUUAACAAACUACACGGAUUAACAGAAUAAAUGAUUUUUAAUGCUGA